UGGAGGGGCGAGAGGGGGAGGGGGACCUCCGCACGAGACCGAGCGGCCCGGGUUGGAGCGCCCAGCCCCGCGGCGGAUCAUGGUGCAGCAGGCGGAGAGCUUGGAAGCGGAGAGCAACCUGCCCCGGGAGGCGCUGGACACGGAGGAGGGCGAAUUCAUGGCUUGCAGCCCGGUGGCCCUGGACGAGAGCGACCCGGACUGGUGCAAGACGGCGUCGGGCCACAUCAAGCGGCCGAUGAACGCGUUCAUGGUGUGGUCCAAGAUCGAGCGCAGGAAGAUCAUGGAGCAGUCUCCGGACAUGCAUAACGCCGAGAUCUCCAAGAGGCUGGGUAAGCGGUGGAAAAUGCUGAAGGACAGCGAGAAGAUCCCGUUCAUCCGGGAGGCGGAGCGGCUGCGGCUCAAGCACAUGGCCGACUACCCCGAUUACAAGUACCGGCCCCGGAAAAAGCCCAAAAUGGACCCCUCGGCGAAGCCCAGCGCCAGCCAGAGCCCCGAGAAGAGCGCGGCGGGCGGCGGCGGCGCGGGCGGCGGCGCGGGCGGCGCCAAGACCUCCAAGGGCUCCAGCAAGAAAUGCGGCAAGCUCAAGGCCCCCGCGGCCCCAGCCGCCGGCGGCGCCAAGGCCGGCGCGGGCAAGGCGGCCCAGCCCGGGGACCUGGGAGGCGCGGGCGACGACUGCGUGCUCGGCAGCCUGCGCGUGAGCGGCGCGGGCGGCGGCGGCGGCGGCGCGGGCAAGACGGUCAAGUGCGUGUUCCUGGACGACGACGACGACGACGACGACGACGACGACGAGCUGCAGCUGCGGAUCAAGCAGGAGGCGGACGAGGACGACGACGAGCCGCCGCACCAGCAGCUCCUGCAGCCGCCGGGCCAGCAGCCGCCGCAGCUGCUGAGACGCUACAACGUCGCCAAAGUGCCCGCCAGCCCCACGCUGAGCAGCUCGGCCGAGUCCCCCGAGGGCGCGAGCCUGUACGACGAGGUGCGGGCCGGCGCUACCUCGGGCGCCGGCGGCGGCAGCCGCCUCUACUACAGCUUCAAGAACAUCACCAAGCAGCAGCCGCCGCCGCUGGCGCAGCCCGCGCUGUCGCCCGCGUCCUCGCGCUCCGUCUCCACCUCGUCCAGCAGCAGCGGGAGCAGCGGCGCCGAGGACGCCGACGACCUGAUGUUCGACCUGAGCCUGAAUUUCUCCCAAGGCGCGCACAGCGCCGGCGAGCAGCAGCUGGGGGGCGGCGCGGCGGCCGGGAACCUGUCCCUCUCUCUGGUGGAUAAGGAUUUGGAUUCGUUCAGCGAGGGCAGCCUGGGCUCCCAUUUCGAGUUCCCCGACUACUGCACGCCCGAGCUGAGCGAGAUGAUCGCGGGGGACUGGCUGGAGGCGAACUUCUCCGACCUGGUGUUCACGUAUUGAGAGGGGCGCCCCGCUUCUCGCUCUUUCUCUCCGCGGGGCGCAGAGCAGGGUUCCUCGGGAGGAAGUCGUGGUGGUCAUGAUGAUGAUGAUGAUGAUGAUGAUGGUGGUGGUGGUGGUGUCGAUGGUGUUGAUGGUGGAGGUGGUAGGGUGGAGGGGAGACAAGAAGAUGCUGAUCUUGAUAUGAUGUCGUGACACAAAGAAAUUGGAAAAGAUGAUGAAAAUGUUGGUGGAGUUAAAGUGAAAUGAGUAGUUUUAAAACAUUUUCCUGUCCUUUUUUUGCUCCCCUCCCUUCCUUUAUCGUGUCUCAAGGUAGUUGCAUACCUAGUCUGGAGUUGUGAUUUUUUUUUUCCCCAAAAAUGUGUUUUUGUAAUUACUACUUCUUUUUCCUGAAAUUCGUGAUUGCAACAAAGGCGGAGGGGACAGGGCGGGGGUGGGGAGGGAGGACCCGCUCCGGAAGGCGCUGUUUGAAGCUUGUCGGUCUUUGAAGUCUGGAAGACGUCUGGAGAGGACCUUUUGGCAGCACAACCGUUACGCUAGGGAGUUGGUUGGAGAUUUUUUUUUUUUUCUUAAGAGAUCUUAAAGAACUGGUGAUUUUUUAAAAAAAAAAAAACAACAAACACAAAAACAAAAAAGGGACCAUUGCAACUUUUUUAUUUUAUUUUAUUUUUUUGGAGGGAGAAAACUGAUGUCUUCUAUGCAUCCGAUACUUAACAAAACUGCAGGGAGCUUGAAAAAAUGCAGACUGUACAAACGCUCACAAAAAAAAAAAAAAACUGUGAACUGACUUAAGAUCAGAGUUUACUUUUCAGAUCAAAUUGUUUAUGGUUUUACAAAUGUGAUUUCUACUUGCCAACUUUUUUUUUUGUAACUUGUUCCCUUAUACCUCCUUGAUUGAAUACCAGACAGCCUAGACCUCAGUACAAAAGGUAUUGAAACAUUUUUGAUACAUAACAGACCUCAGUCUUUUUUAAAAAUUAAUAUAUUUUCAGGCGUAUUUUUGUACAGUGAAAAGGGAACAUUCUUGCUGUGUUUUUUCAGUAAGACUUUCAGGCACUUCUUCCCUUUUGAUUUUUUUCCUCUGUUUUUUUUUGUUUUGUUUUGUUUUUUGGGGUUUUUUUGUUUUUUGUUUUUUUUAGCAUGCAAGUAUGUUGGUACGUGAUGUCCUGGUUUAAAAAGGAUUAAAAUUUUUAAGUAAUCCUUGCAUCUAAAGGCCUUGUGGUUUAAAAAAAAAAAGCAAACUUUUUUUUGUACAGCUAUAGUAGAGAUUUGUUCAAUAUUUGUAGGUAAAGAUUUAUUGAAAAUGGUGAUAUAGACCUCAGAGCUGUUAUCUUAGUUUAAAGAUUGUAUAUGUACUGUACUAUACUAGGACUUUAUGUAUCUCAUACGCUGUGAUAUGUGGAUGGGGCCCCAGAUGGAAGGUUUGAAACUGGAUUCUCGAUUUUUAGCUAAAAAAGAAAAAAAGGCACAUAGUUUAAAAAGUUUCUCAUUUUGUGCAAUAUAAUCUAAAUAAAGUACAGACCAUCUGCAUAUUUUGUAGCAAAUGGUGGCAAAGCAGACUCAAUGCACUGUCGACAUCAUUGCCUGUUUUUUUUUUUUUUUGUGCUGGAAGUCUGUAUCUUGACAAUUUUAAUAAAUCAGCUGGAACUGAUAGAAACGCGCAUCGCCAAUAGUCUCUCUAGAAGUCAAACUGGAGGUCGUGUUGUCGCAGCGCAGUGACGAGGCUGUUGUGUGCGCGGGUGGGAGGUGGGGGUUAGGCUGGAAAGUGUUCAAUUGGCAGGCCGAUUUCUUUUUCCUCUGCCUUCCGUGGCUAGUUAUUGAAAACGAGGGAGGAGGAUUCUUUCUCUGCCUUCCCUUUCCUCCCCCCGCCCCACCAUUUCCUUUCUCACCUCCUCCUCCACUCCCACUCUCUCUCCACCCAUCCUGGCUGACGGGCGGGCCGGCAGUGCCGAGAAGCUCGGGGAGCCGGCCGGGGAGGGGCGGGCUCUGCGAGGACCCGGUGCCAGCGCGCGCGGUCAGUGUCCCGCGCUCGCCGGGGGUGUGCGUACUAUGCUCCGGGCUGUGUCCCGGCUGCGCGUCGCGGUGACAGCCGCCCUCGGGUUGCCAGCACUCGGGGCGCUCUGAUCCCCGCCGCUCUCCCUUAGAGGGUGGGGGCAGCCGUUUCCAGUUUUGAAUUUCUUCCCCCCCUAACGCUGCAUCUCCGUGUGUGCGCAGAGGUAGAUGCUGUGCGGAGCGAGGCCACAGUUCUGGAUCUCGAGUGGCGACGGGGGCCAGGAAGAGGUUGUCGGUGUCUGUCUCUUACCGAUUGCUCGGGGGCUGCGGGAGCGGCGAGGCGCGGCGGGGUGGCGGGGGCGACGGGGGUAACAUGGCACCGCCGCCGCGAUCCGAGCCGCGGCCACCAGGGUGUCGGUGGGGCGGCGGAGGCACAGAGGGCGCGGCCUGCGGCGGUGGGGCCCCAGAGGCGCGCGGGGACACCCGCAAUGGCGCCCCGAGGCCCGCAGGGUGGGGAGGAAGAAAACGAACGGGGGGUGGGGGGGGGGGAGGUGCCGCCGCACCCGCGUAGCCUGCGCCCUCGCGCGCGCGCUUGCUCCCGGGCCGCCCCGGAACUUGCCUCCCGGCGGGCCGCCUCUGGGAAAGUGGUUCGGCUUCUCGGUAGUUCUCCUUCCCCAGCUGCCUCCUCGGGGUUCCGGCCGCGGCGGCGCGGGCGGGAUCCCCAGCCCGCGCGCGCGCCCUGUUCGCUGGGGACCGUUUGCCCGCCCCCCCCCCCACCUCUUUUUCUCCGCUCUCCUUUCCCCAGGCCCGGCCUGUGUCUGAGCCCUCGCGGCAGGCCCUGGCUCUGGCCCCCCUUCCGUGCCUUCUGCCCCUCUUUCCCUGGGGGCCGCGCCGAGGGGGGCGGGGAGGCCACGCGGGGCCCG